AUGUUUAGACAAUCCAUUGGUCGUGUACAAACCGCGGUCGCAAGAAAUGCUGCCGUCAAAAGACCCGCAACUGUGCUUCAACUGCGCCAGACAAUGAAACGGUUCAGCAGUAGCAGCUCUUCGUCAGCUGGUGCUCAGAAAUCUUGGUUUGGCUCAGGUGCAAUGCUUUUUGCAGCUGGUGCUGUUUCUGGUGUUGCGGCACUUACUUUGUCGUCGUCGUCCUUUACCGAGUCUGCCCAGGCCUUCUCCGGAGCCUCGGUGGUUGAGACCUCCACUACCAAACUCGAGGAACUCGCAACUCCCAAAUAUGCCUUGCCCAAAGAGUGUGAAAAGGCAUACACUGAAAUUAUAAAACUCAUUGGAGCUGAGAAUGUUACCAGAAAAAAAGAUGACCUGGACGCGCAUUCAGACACAUUUUGGAACACGCACCAUGCCAAGCCCAAUCAGCGACCAGGGAUUGUUGUGUUCCCUGAGUCGACUGAGCAGGUCUCGCAGAUUAUGAAGAUUACGCACAAGUACCGCAUCCCAAUUGUCCCCUUUGCUGGUGGUACAUCUCUCGAGGGCCACUUCACUCCCAUUUAUGGCGGUGUGUCUAUCGAUUUCACUCGUAUGAGCAGCGUUGUUGCUCUCCACAAAAAGGACCUUGACAUUGUUGUACAACCAGGUCUCGGGUGGGAGGAGCUUGAUGACUACCUCGCAGAUAACGAUCUCUUUUUCGGCCCGGACCCCGGCCCAGGUGCCCAAAUCUCCGGCAUGGUGGGAACUGGGUGCUCUGGUACUAAUGCUUAUCGCUAUGGCACGAUGCGAGAAAAUGUUGUUGGUCUUGUUGUGGUGCUUGCUGAUGGUACCAUUGUUAAGACUCGCCAACGCCCCCGCAAGUCUUCUGCUGGCUAUAACCUUACACAACUUUUUAUCGGCUCUGAAGGCACCUUGGGAAUUGUGACUGAAGCCACGCUUAAGCUACACCCCAGACCUCAGAACGAAGGCAUUGCCAUGGUGACAUUUGACACAGUCAAAGACGCUGCGGAGGCUGCGGCUGAGGUUGUGCAAGGCGGCCACCAGGUUGCUGCUAUUGAGAUUCUUGAUGAUGUUAUGAUGAAGGCCGUCAACGAUGCUGGUGCAACUGAACGCAAGUGGCUUGAAAGACCCACCAUUGCCUUUAAAUUCAAUGGUACUAAAGGUCUUGUUGAUGACCAAGUCAAGAUUGUCCGCGAGAUUUCUGCCAAACAUGGCAACAAGACAUUUGACUUUGCUACAACCCCUGAACAGCGCCAGGAAUUAUGGGCCGCCCGCAAGGCUGCUCUGUGGUCCACUAUCGAGGUUGCCCCUAAAGGCCACGAUGCCUGGACUACUGAUGUUGCUGUUCCUAUUUCAAAGCUGGGCCAGAUUGUGAACGAAACCAAGGCCGACAUUGUUGCCAGUGGUCUUUUUGGCACAAUUGUGGGCCAUAUUGGUGACGGCAACUUCCACACCAUUUUAAUGUACGAUCCUGUUACCGAACGCAAGACUGCUGAGGGAGUUGUCCACCGCAUGGUUGAGCGCGCGCUUUCCUACGAAGGAACCUGUACCGGAGAGCACGGUGUGGGUGUAGGCAAGAAGCUUUACUUGGCUAAAGAGCUUGGUCCUGAGGCAGUUGAUCUUAUGCGUCGUCUCAAGGAAUCGCUUGAUCCUUUGUCUCUGCUUAACCCUGAUAAGGUUGUGACUAUCAAUCCCACCUCUCCAGAGCGUGGUGACUAG